AUGGCCCCCAACCUCUUUCUCUGCAUGCGAAAUGCGUUUUGCCCGACGUAUUGGUUCCAGCGCGGGGAGCGCAUUCAGGGAUCCAUUCACAAGGAGGAGCGCUGGCAAUCCCCUGUGCCAGGCAUCUACAAGUACAUCCCUGGACGUGGAUGGCAUCUCAUUUAUAAGGAUGGCAGCGAACAUGAUGAGAAAGUCCCCAUCCCUCUCGUUUACUGCCGUAUCCUCCAUCGAUACAUGUUCGAACAUGAAAUGGAAGAACGAUGCCACCUGCAUACGGUCACCCUCCAGGACGGAGGCAGCCCCGAGGAGCUCAUGUUUUUCCUCCUUGACGACGGAGACACGUAUGUUGCGGGAUGGGAUUCGAAAGGGAAGUUCAUUCCGGGUCCGUAUCAGAAGUGGUACCUCGAUGCCGAGACCAACACGAUGCGCCGGGUGAUUUUCCCUCCCAGCUCGAAUGUUUCUCGGUGCAGCAUAGUCCCGGAGAAGAUGAAUUAA